AUGAGCUUCAGGAGUAAGAUCACCUUCCGAAGGAAGAACAGGGAUAAGAGCAGGCGUGUGCGGAACGAUUUAAACCGCCUGAGCGUUGUAUGUAUACCCUCUCUCUUUAUCUAUCUCUCGCUUUAGUGCAGUGCCGUAUCUGGGUGUUUUUUUUAUUGCUCUGGGCUUCCCGUUCCUCUCUUGCACCUGUCGAUCUGGGGUGAAGUUCCCCUUAGGUACAGAUCUAGGAUCAGCUUCCCCUUCCCCAGUCCUAUCCUUAAUCGUUAGUGGAUGAAAGGCAAAACUGACCCAAUAUCAGUCUCUAGGGGCAACUUCACUCUACACUGCACCUGUCCAUCAACAUGAGGCCAACCGACAUGGCACAGGUUGGAGUUGGACAUUGCUAGCCUUUGCCUAAUACUAGUUAGCCAAUGACUCUCUGUUUGACUAUCUGAUUGGUGUGUUGAUAUCUGUAACUGACAGAGACUCAAACAGUAUUUCUCCCUAUGUGUAUCAGAGUUUUUAACCAGUGGAGUGGCCAUGUACAAUCAGAUAUGUGAUCUAUAUGUUCACAACAUUUCAACUGGAGAUAUGAGGUUGUCAGCAGGGGACUUUAAUACUUCAAUAUGUAGGUCCAAUUGUACAAAUGCUCUGCAACAUCCUAACUAUAUUGGUGUGAUGUUGUCUGGUGGAAUAUAGGCACCAAACGUGUAGGUGUCAUGUACAGUACCAGUCAAAAGUUUGGACACACCUUCUCAUUCCAGGUUUUAUUUUUAUUUUACUAUUUUCUACAAUGUAGAAUAAUAGUGAAGACAUCAAAACUAUGAAAUAACACAUAUGGAAUCAUGUAGUAACCAAAAAAGUGUUAAACAAAUCAAAAUAUAUUUUAUAUUUGAGAUUCUUAAAAUAGCCACCCUUUGCCUUGAUGACAGCUUUGCACACUCUUGGCAUUCUCUCAACCAGCUUCACCUGGAAUGCUUUUCCAACAGUCUUGAAGGAAUUCCCACAUAUGCUGAGCACUUGUUGGCAGCUUUUUCUUCACUCUGUGGUCCGACUCAUCCCAAACCAUCUCAAUUGGGUUGAGGUCGGAGGAUUGUUGAGGUCAGGUCAUCUGAUGCAGCACUCCAUCAUUCUCCUUCUUGGUAAAAUAGCCCUUACACAGCCUGGAGGUGUGUUGGGUCAUUGUCCUGUUGAAAAACGAAUGAUAGUCCCACUAAGCCCAAACCAGAUGGGUUGGCGUAUCGCUGCAGAAUGCUGUGGUAGCCAUGCUGGUUAAGUGUGCCUUGAAUUCUAAAAAGAUCACAGACAGUGUCACCAGCAAAGCACCCCCACACCAUAACACCUCCUCCUCCAUGCUUUACGGUGGUUAGUACACAUGCAGAGAUCAUCCGUUCACCCACACCGCGUCUCACAAAGACACGGCUGUUGGAACCAAAAAUCGCAAAUUUGGACUACGUCAGACAAAUCUCCAAUUUGGACUCCAGACCAAAAUACAAAUUUCCACUGAUCUAAUGUCCAUUGCUCGUGUUUCUUGGCCCAAGCAAGUCUCUUCUUAUUAUUGGUGUCCUUUAGUAGUGGUUCCUUUGCAGCAAUUCGACCAUGAAGGCCUGAUUCACACAGUCUCCUCUGAACAGUUGAUGUUGAGAUGUGUCUGUUACUUGAACUAUUUGGGCUACAAUUUCUGAGGCUGGUAACUCUCUAAUGAACUUAUCCUCUGCAGCAGAGGUAACUCUGGGUCUUCCAUUCCUGUGGCGGUCCUCAUGAGAGCCAGUUUCAUCAUAGUGCUUGAUGGUUUUUAUGACUGCACUUGAAGAAACAUUCAAAGUUCUAAAAAUGUUCUGCAUUGACUGACCUUCAUGUCUUAUAGUAAUGAUGGACUGUUGUUUCUCUUUGCUUAUUUGAGCUGUUCUUGCCAUGAUAUGGGCUAUCUUCUGUAUACCCCCCCCCCCACACCUUGUCACAACACAACGCAUUAAGAAGGAAAUAAAUUCCACAAAUUAACUUUUAAAAAGGCACACCUGUUAAUAGAAAUGCAUUCCAGGUGACUACCUCAUGAAGCUGGUUGAGAGAAUGCCAAGAGUGUGCAAAGCUGUCAUCAAGGCAAAGGGUGGCUAUUUGAAGAAUCUCAAAUAUAAAAUGUAUUUUGAUUUGUUUAACACUUUGUUGGUUACUACAUGAUUCCAUAUGUGUUAUUUCAUGGUUUUGAUGUCUUCACUAUUAUCCUACAAUGUAGAAAAUAGUAAAGAUAAAGAACAACCCUUGAAUGAGUAGGUGUGUCCAAACGUUUGACUGGUGGUGUAGCUGUGUUACUGAACCCAUAGUACUUCAGGUGUCAGAGAAGGUGACGCUAAGCCUCUGGUCAGGUCAAGGGUCAAAACUGAAUAGACUAAACCCACAGCGUUGCUCAGUAGGGUGAUCAAGUGAUUUGGCAACAGUGUGAAUGAAUGCUGAAUGUAAAAAACUAUUACUAAUACUAUCAUUCAUGUGUUUCUCUGCCCCUCCCCCGGUCCGUCUGUAUGGUAAGAUCCCUACUGACUGGAACCACAAAAAUAAAUUUGUUUUAUGUUCAUUUGGAAAUCUCGGCCGUAGACCACCUUCAGGCAUAUGACAUUAAAUAUAUAUUUUUGUUGGUUUUAUUUAUUGUAUUGAGAUAGGACAUUGAAGAGGGCUAGAGGAGACAGGAAAGGUAGGAGAGAUUGCGAGGCAGAUUCGAACCCCAUGCCGACUGGUAGCUUUGGCUAAACGUGUGUGCCAGGGCGGGUACGCAGCACUAACCGCUGGACCACUGUCUACAGGGCACUCAGGCAAAUAUUGUCUUGGUAGACAUUUCUGUGAGGUUGACAAAUGAAACUGUCCUCAGUAGUCAUUCUCUCUUACAGUCGGGUACAGUUCAUACAAACAAAUGGUUUAGUUUUUUACAGUGGAAUCACAACAAGAUCCUUCCUCACAACAAGGAGUGUUAUGAUUCUGGGUCUUUCAGUCUUUCAUUUUUUGUAACAUUCUUUGUCAUGUUUUUAUGUCUCACUGACUGCUUGGUUUCUACCUCUUUCCCUUGUGUGUGAGGGGUGUAUUCUGUCAGAGUUGUAUUCACUAGGAACCAAACAGGCUGAAAUGGGAAGGGACCUAGCUGAACUUGUCCAAUAAGAAACCCUUUUUCCUUUUCAAAACAUUUUGCUACAGUGUGCAAUAAUGAAUACACCCCUGGUCUAACUGAACAGGGGCUUGUGGUCGGAACUCAGGAGAAAACCCCCCGCAAUGGCCGUGUGAACAGAGAACACAGGUCAUCAGUUUUCCACUUCUCCGACCACAGUUUGUGUUAGUGGUGAUGAAGAAGACAUACUGCUUUCCUUUGAGGACCGAAAUAGCCUCGUCUCAUCAUGUGCAGUCCGUUUCGCUUUCUGUGAAACGCUCUGUCUAGAUGGGUUUGUCGAGACCAUGUGCUGUGCAGAUGUGUAGCCUACCCCUUAACCUAAAACGUAUUGUAAACUUCUGCCUUUGUGAUAUAUCAGUCUACGGUCAUUUCAGAACUCGAAUCUCUGAUGUAAUCCUUUGCACCAGAAUCUAAAAAUAAUAGGAGGUGACAUUCAGCCUAUCAUUAAAUAUGUUUUCUGAGCUGUUAUGAUCACUGCUAAUGCGAUAUACUCUCCAUCUGUCAGUAAAACAGUUCGACAUGUUUUUGGUUCGGUUUGGUUUGGCACAUGACAUUACCACUUCAUCCUGUAUUUUACUUCUCUCUUUCCCGCCCCUCUAGACUGGGGCCGCGUCCCAACUGGCACUCUAUUCCCUAUGUAGUGCACUAGUUUUGGCCAGGGUCCAGAGGGAAUGGGGUGCCAUUUGGGACGUAGCCUUGAUGUUUAUGUAGCUGAUCCAAUGGUGACAGAGUAAACACAGGAAGUGAGGUGGUAGCUAGUUUUUCAUGCCUUGCAAAAAAAAUGAUUUAUGCCCAUCCAGUGAAAGAUAAACAUAUAUUCUGAGGUUUAGACUAUUUGCUUAGCCACACCAUUUGGCUGGCUGACUGCUGAGUGUUGUUGGGUAUCAGUGCAGUUCAGAGUGGUUUAUAAGUCAUGAUUAUUGAACAGUAUAGAGGCUAAUUGUACUUGGUGAUUGCAUAGUUGUUUGUGUCUGUCUGCCUCUCUCUGUGUGUUACAGCAGGAUAAGUCCUAGAUGUAGAAGACUUUCUGUGUGACUUAAUAGUUGAAUAUGUUGGAUAUCCCAUGGUGUGACUGUUACAGUAGUCAUCAUGUGUAUGGCGCGAUUUUGAUAAUGAGUGUGUUCCGUGUGUGUGUGUGUGUGUGUGUGUGUGUCUGGACUGGGAUUUGAAUCCUGCGUCACUAUCUCAUCUGUGUUUCCCCAAGUAGUACCCAAGUGUUUAUUUCACUGCCAUAUGGGAUAAGUCAAGUAAAAUGUGUGUGUGUGUGUGUGUGUGUUCCAGCAGGAGAAGCCCAAGCUGAUAGACCCUCUGGACUAUGAGGCUGUGAUCUGUGACCUGGGAGAGGAGCUGAAGGAAGACCCCCUCAGAGAGCUGCUCCUCUUCCCCGACAAUGACUUCACGGUGGGUACGAGCGUGUCUGUGUGUGUGUUUGAAGGGGGGGGGGGGGGGGGGUGCAUAUGUGUAUGUGUGACUGUGUCUGGCUCAUGCCAGCCAUACCAAUGUUUUACAACAAGACGGAAGGACAGAAAGACACACACACACUCAUUUUGCAUUCUGAACACCUCAUUCCCCCCAGUGCUUCUGCUUCCACCAAUGUAAAAUAAUAAUAAUAUGCCAUUUAGCAGACGGUUUUAUCCAAAGCGACUUACAGUCAUGCGUGCAUACAUUUUUGUGUAUGGGUGGUCCCGGGGAUCGAACCCACUACCUUGGCGUUACAAGCGCCGUGCUCUACCAGCUGAGCUACAGAGGACCGCUGUUUGCUCAUUAGUGACUUAAUUAGCGCGCUAGUGUGACUCCUUAAGACUGCCACUUCAUGUUAACUGGUUUUAAUUGGUUUUAGGGAAAUGACUUGGCCUUCGAUCCCUGAGUUGAUGUUUAAAUGCAUGACUCUGCUACUGUGACACACACACACACACACACACAGGCCCGGCAACCUAACAGUCCUGUUUUGUUUGCUGUGUCUCCAUAGCUCAACCUAAUAGAACUCCAAUUCAGUUGCUAAUAGACCAACCUAAUUCACUUCCAAAACCUAAUAAAGUUUUGGAACGUCUUUUGGAACGAUUUUAAACAGCUGACUGCAGACACAGUAAAUCAGAACCAAGCAUUGAUCAGAGAGGGCGGGAACUUGGCUGUUCUCAGUGGCUACUUCCCAAUUGGCACCCUAUUCCCUAUAUAGUGCACUACUUUUGACUAGAGUCCUAUGGGCCCUGGUCAAAAGUAGUGCACUACAUAGGGAGCCAUUUGGGACACAAGCAGUAUUGCUUGUGAGAGCAGUAUUUCUCCAACUUUCAAUCUUUCCUUCUAGGUAUGGAUGAUUUAUUUGAGCCCUUUUAUUUGAGCCAUUUGCUAUUUCUGACCUCAAUAUUUCUGAAUGAAUUAUGAUGGCACCGGAGCGCUUGGUCAGAUGUUAUUCAUCAAGUGCUGACACACUGGAAUAGGGCUCAGUGAUCUGACUGCACAUCGUGGUGGUAAAGACUGUAUCCUUAGAUUUCAUAUGUCCCUUCAAGCAUUUUCAUAUUCAGACCUGCACAUAUAUCCUAUCCCACUCUGCAUAUGUCAGCUUUUACCUAAUCUCAGUAAUCCAAAACCAGAUGUCGCGUGAACUUUGGCCUCUGGCCAGCUACUGAAUUUGGUUCUAGGGGAAGAGGUUGAGAAGUCAAGUCCACACCCCCUCCACCCAGACAGUCUUUCACAAGAGAUUCGCUUUUACCUGACAUCAAACUGUCCCUCCCCCUCUGAUGGUUCCUCCCCAUCUGAUUUCUCCUCGCCCCUCUGUCCCCCAGGUGUCCACAGUGCCUCUGGAGAGACGAACACUGCAGUCCACCGUGCCCCAGGGGGCCGAGCUCCAGGCCGAGUGUCUGCUGGUCAGACAGGUGAGUGUGUGUUUUUGUGUGUGUGUGAGAAAGAGAGAGUGCGCCAUGCUUAGCUGACUCCACAUUAAGUCUGGCAGGCAGGCAGCUUGGCGUGGUGUGGUGGUUGUGCGGGUAAGGGUCUGGACUAUAUGCUGUUGUUUACAUUAAACAUAUUCUCAACACAGAGGUCAACAUCAACAUCAUGAGCUCAUAAGGCAGUGACAUAAGGAACACAGAUGUGUUUUGUUCCUCCAGGAGCUGUGUGUGUUUCUGUGUGCCAGCGAGUGUGUGUGUGCGUGUGUGCGUGUGAGAGAGUGAAGGAGAGUUUCUCUGGCUAGCUAUAUGAGUGAAAGUGCAAGCCUUCAGAGAGAGAGAGAGAGAGAAGAAGAAGAAGAGAGAGAGUUCCAUAGCUUCCUGGGCCUUGACCCACUUCAGUCCUUAUGUACGGAAUACAUAUGAGAAAGUUCCUAACAUGUAUUCCGUACCCAUGCCUUGGAGUUACUGCUCCUCUUCUGAACCAGAGGGAAAGAGAAGUACAGUUGUGCAGCUUGCUGCCGGAUCAUGUUUCUCUCUGUGGGAAUCAACAGCAUCUGGAGCGGGGGGGACCCAGCCGUGUUGUUGGAGCUGACUGGACUGCUGCUUCCAAUGAGCUCAUCUAUGGAGCUGAAUCAUCUGAGGCUGCCUGCGAGGGAGGGAGGGAGGGAGGGAGGGAGGGAGGGAGGGAGGGAGAGAGAGGGAGAGAGAGGGAGAGAGAGAAUCCACUGCAGCCGGUUGUUUUGCAGGGGCUCAGCUUAGUUGGGCUGGCUUGCAAAGACACUAAGGGAUGUGGUGGGGACUGGGAGGCAGUGAGGUUGCAGCCUAGUGCAUGGCCUGCGUCCCAAGUGCCACCCUAUUCCCUUUAUAGUGCUUGCCCUAUUUCCCAUUGGGCUCUGGUCAAAAGUAGUGCUCUAUAUAGGAAAUAGGGUGUUAUUUGGGAUGCACCCUGGGCAUGUGUGAGAGCAAGGCUGUGUUUCACGAACAUUACUUUAUCCAUCUAAAGUAGUUGAAAAGUUAUGUCUGUGAGUGAUAUAGACAUUUCCCCUCAGUUGACUGUUGUGUUGGAUUUGAUACAGUGUCUCCUUAGUUAUGAUAGCUACACAGCCAUGACUGCAACCUUUUAAAACAUUUGAACCAUUUCAGAUAUUUUUGAGGAACCCUAGAAAUGCAAAUGAUGACGACCAGUUCAUUUCCCCUAUUGGAUGGUCAGUUGAAGAGGUGGAUCUGAUAAGCCUAUACUGUGGCUGUGACCCAAACGGCACCCCAUUCCCUUUAUAGUGCAAUCAUUUGGGGUGGUACCCUAUGGGCCCUAGUCAAAAGCAGUGCACAUUUGGGACACAACCAGACUGCGUGUGCAGGUGUGCCUGUUUUCAUGCUCUAAUGGUGACAAGUAAUGUUUGAUGGUGAGGCAGAAGUGAAAGACUUGCAGCACUCUCUGGCUAGGAAGAAGUUAUCAAAUUAGCCACCCAAUGUCUCAUUCACAUCCUACUGUAGAAGCCUCGCUGCAUACGAAAACACACCAGACACAACACCGUCACAGCUUACUGAAGAUGGGGUGUGUGUGAGAGUCCAUAGAGAGACACAGAGUGAGAUAGAGCUGAAUGAAAGAGAAUGGCUAUUUAAGGAUGUCCUCCCAGACAUGUGUUAUUGCCUUGUGGAAGUAAAUAUGUGUAGAGUGUCUUUAAUAAUAAAUGUGAUGAUUGCCAGUGGAGCUGUGUUUAAGUGAUAGACAAUGAUACCACCACUCAGACAGAAAGAAGAUGAGAAUCCACAAAACAACAGAGAAAACAUACUGCUGAGAGAAGAGAAAGAGAGGGUGAGAGUGCAUGUGUGCGUGAGGGUCUGUGUGUGUGUGUUUACAAGUGAGAGAGAGUGCGCUUGUGCGCAACUGAGCUCGUGUAUUCUCUCUGUGAGAGACACAGAGAAGAGAGGGAGAGAAAGUAAGUCUGUAACUCAAGCCCGUGGGACAGAAUGUUAAUUCAAUUCUUCUUAUGGUUUGAUUACUCUAAUCAUGGAUUCAAUCUUGUAAAUCUGUAAGCUUGUGGGGCUCUAAGACAACUUGUGUGAAGCAAGCUAGGGCUGCAGAGUCCUCUACAACAUUAAGGGUGUGUCCCAAAUGGCACCCUUUUCCCUAUGGGCCCUGGUCAAAAGUAGUGCACUAUGUAGGGAAUAGGGUGCAAUUUGGGACGUAGGCAUCAUGUUGUAGAGGGAGGCAGACUCUGCAGCCCUAGCUUGCAUCACACUGGGUUGUAUGAGGCCUGCUACUCAUGUAAAACAAAGCUGUACAUUGCCUGUACAUUACCAUUACUGCACCUUGGAUCUACUUAUUUCAAUGGAGAGAGAUUUGUGUGUGUGUGUGUGUGUGAGAGAGACUACUGUCUGAUAGACAUCUGUAGAGCUGUAUAAGAACCACAUUGUGACAGAGAGGGGAUUUCAAACAUCAACUACCCAUGCCAAGACACACACAAAUCUCUAUUUUUGUUGAUUGAGGACCUCUUUGCUGAGGAAUGUGAUUGAUUGUUUUUCACGAAAAAUAUAUAUUUUUUACAUUCUCUUUAUAUUUUUAUUUUCUGGUAUGUUUCCUAUAUGUCAUUUGUUGUGUAGUUGUAAGAUGCAGGGCUUCCUUGCAAAAGAGACCAUGGUCUCAAUGGUACUCCCUGUUAAAAUGAAGGUAAAAUAAAUACAUUAAAUAAAACACACAAACACAGUCAUAUAUACAGACAGAAUCAACUGUCUGUUAUUCACCUGCACUAGGCAUUAACAGAACAUCUCUCCCCUCCUCUUCCUCUUCCUCUUUCUCCUCCUCUAUUCCAGGCCUGCGAGUACUACAACUCCCAACUACACGUGGUCCAUUACAAAUAUGAGGAGUACGCAGGAGAUUACCGGCUACUUCCCAGGUACAGAACAGGCUAUGAAAGAGUUGCAAAAUUCCGGCAACUUUCCCAGGUUUUCCAGAAAUGUUGUGAAAGUUACCAGAAUUUUGCAACCCUUGUCUAUGAUUACACUUAUGUACAGAGCAGU